UAGCGGAAUGGUGUUUUUAUUCGGAUUGUUUUUAGUUUCAUAUCAAACCAGAUCAAACCCGACCAGACUGAAUCUCGCUAGAUCAGACUUGAACACUCAUAAAAUAUAAAGAGACUAUACAACUAUCAAACCAGACCAAGUCAGACCAGAAAAUUCUAAUUCAAUUACAAAUAGAGGUGAAAAUAGAGGGAUCAAGAGGGCAUAAGAGUCUUUACGAGCAAUGGUCAGCGAAUGAAGGCAUUGACGAAUAAUGACGGGCUUGUUAGGGUUCUACCUCAAAAGUCAGAUCACUUGGAAUCGGAAGAGGUGAAAAAAUUGGGAGAGGUGAAAAGAAACCGGGUGGAGAAGAGCGAGAGAUAGAAAAAGAGAGGGAGAUCCAAAUGGGAAAACCUCCACAGUUCGCAGUAGAAGGAACACUCUUCUUUGCUAGCAUCUUCCUCCUCUCUCAAGCUUCAUCAAUUCCGAUUGUUUCUGUGCCCCAACCCGCUCUCUCUUCCUUCAAGAUCAACUCCACCACUCAAACCUACUUGAAUGGCGGUGGCUGUACUUUCUCAGUGUCAAUAAGAACAAGUUGCUCUUCCCCUUACCUAACAGAAGACCAAAUCAGCCUUUCCUUUGGUGACGCUUAUGGCAAUCAGGUAUAUGCACCUAGGCUUGAUGACCCGUCUUCCCGGACAUUUGAGAGGUGCUCGUCGGAUACGUACCAGAUAAAUGGUCCGUGUACGUAUGACAUAUGCUAUUUGUACGUGUACCGGAGCGGAUAUGAUGGGUGGAUACCAUAUGACAUUACAGUCUCCGGGUAUUACACCCGGCCAGUGACUUUCCGCUAUAACGUCCCUAUACCCUCAAACAUCUGGUAUGGUUUUGACUAUUGUUCUGGUGGUGGACGUAGCGGUGGUGGUACUACCAUUAAGGCCGACUGGGGUUGGAGCUUACUGUCCAUUUUUAUGACGCUCUGGUACACCAUCAUGGGCCAAGUUCAGCACUGGUUAGCUUGAUUCAGUUGAUUGUAUUUGUGUACUCUUAUACAACAGGGCCAUCCUAUUACGACUUAUGUGUAGUGUGUAUUCUAACAAUCCGAGGCUGAAGACAUCCUUUCUUUUCAUGAAGUAUUCUUAUUAUUGCUGUUGCUAAUCAUUGUAUACUUUCCGCUUUCUUUUUUCAAUGCAACGCUUUGACUUUCGUGUGCUUGACAUACCAUACCUUGACCACUUUGUAGUAAUAUAUGGAAAACAAAUCAUUGUAA